UCCGAUAGCAUCGAUACUAAUUAUAUUUGUCAUUUCGGUGAUGGAUUCCCAUUACUAUAAAAGCCGGGAGGCUUUUUGCCAAUCGACAGACAUCAUAAGUCAUGUUUUUGAACAGUGUCAUUUUGCUGCAAAUCCUUUUGGCCCUUUGCCAUGGCGGCUUGGCUGAGAAAAUGCUGCGGCCCAAGUUCAAGGAUAUCAAGAUUUGGAGUGAAGAGAAGAUAGUGAGCCACAAGGUGGCCUACGACAAUUCGGAUCCGCAUUUGAACUUUUCCAUGGAAGUGCAUCAGGAGCUGCACGAUGUGGAUGUGCACUUGGAAGUGCGUAUAUCUAACAAACUGGAUCCGUACUACACAACCACUCUGAACACCACCAUGAAUGUUUGCCGAAUCCUCGGCUUUGCCAAGAAAUCACCAGUGGGCCGUUUUGUGCACGGUUUCAUACGUGAAUACGGCAACAUUGUUGAGAGCUGUCCGAUUGCCAAGGGCUCAUACUUCAUCAACAAGUUCUGGUGGCCAGAAGAUCCAACAACGGCCAUUCUGCCUGAACUCGAGUUCGAUAUUCAGUUUGAGGCCCUGCAUCUGGAUGCCAACAAGAAGCGCACGGUCAUCAUGAACGAUCACAUUUCUGGCGAGUUCAAUGUUCAAGAUGUCAGCAACCUAAAGCCCGGUAUAUUCGCCAUGCUGCCCAAGACGAGCUAAACCAAAUAAUUCAUGGAACUCAAAUUUAACCAGUUUCUUUUUUAAACAAGCACUUUCAAUGUUUCAAUGGUAUUUCUGAAAUUUGUCUUACAGUUUUUUCCUUAAUGUAGUAAAAAGCAAUGCAUUU